GGGAGAGACCAGUGGCAAGAGUAGUCAAUUAAAAUUCACAGAUCCGAAAUUAAUGAUACAUUGGUUGGGAAUCAUUAAAAGUAACAAACGAAAAUGUCUGCGCUUUCCCUUUACAACGAGGGAAAGAAAAAAGAACAUAAAGAAUUGGAGAAUUCAAAAGGUAAUGGAAAUUAUAUCAUUGGUUAAAACAUUAACCACAUGCAGAAGCUUCCUUACAGAAAUGAAUCCCUCCUUGUACCAAAAAAAAAAAAAAGAAGAAGAAGAAGAAAUGAAUCCCUCCAGUGCUUUUUUCAUGGUUUUUCUCGUCAAACCCUGGAUUCAUAUCCUUUAAAUUGAAUCAUCAUUUCAAAAAAAAAUCCGAGAUAGAAAAAAAGGCAUUGAAACACAAUUUAACAAUGGACUUAACAAAAGUCCUCCAUAUUUUUCUUUUUUCAACUCUCCUAAUUUUACCCUUUGUUGUUCAUCAUUGCGAUGGAAAGGGGCAUCGACAAGCACACACUGAGUAUCUUCAGGCCAAAUUCAAUCCGAAUUCCAGAAUUGACACAUCCCACUUCACCCCGCCGGCCGCCCCGCCCGCCUUCGGCGCGUCCCUCAUUUCCAUUUCCGAUGAUCAGAAGCUUCAGGCUGUAGUUUUGCCCGGUCAAGAUCCGGCGGCGAUGAGGAUCAAAGAUCGGAUUGCUGAGUUGCCCGGACAACCACCGGUUAAAUUCCAACAGUACGGUGGAUAUGUUACCGUUGAUCCGGUUUCUGGCCGGGAAUUUUAUUACUAUUUCACCGAGGCCCAAGAUCCCCAGAAAGCAAAAGAUUUGCCUCUUAUUGUUUGGCUGAACGGAGGCCCUGGUUGUUCUUCACUUGGCUAUGGAGCAAUGCAAGAACUUGGACCAUUCAGAGUUGGAAGUGAUGGUAAAACCUUAUUCAACAAUGAAUUCGCCUGGAAUAAAGUUGCCAACGUUCUAUUCUUGGAGUCUCCAGCCGGAGUAGGGUUUUCGUAUUCUAAGCAAAGAACAGAUUAUACGAUUGGGGGAGAUCGGAAAACAGCACAAGAUAAUUACAUUUUCUUGAUAAACUGGCUUGAAAGGUUUCCGGAAUAUAAAGGCAGAGAUUUUUACCUUGCUGGAGAGAGUUAUGCAGGUCACUAUGUUCCUCAGUUGGCACGUACUAUUGCCUUUCAUAACUUCAAGGCAAAGAAAACCAUCAUUAAUCUAAAAGGAAUUAUGAUCGGAAAUGCAGCCAUCAACGAUGAAACAGACAGUAUAGGGAUGUAUGAAUAUUGGGCAUCCCAUGCCCUGAUUUCACAAGAGACAUUAAAAGAGAUUAGCAACAAUUGCGAUUUCUCACCAAAUGGUACUUUGACGGAUAAGUGCAGCACCAUCACUAAUCAAACCGAGAAACUGUAUGAUGAGAUUGACGUCUACAGUAUAUAUGCUCCAAUGUGCUUGAGUGUUGGGAAACUCACCCCUACCCCAAAGCCCUUCACGAUAAUGAACUUUGAUCCGUGUAGUGAUACUUACGUGACCGCAUACAUGAACCGGCCGGAAGUGCAGGUGGCCUUACAUGCAAAUGUAACAAAGAAUAUUCCCUAUGCUUGGGAACCAUGCAGUAAUCUUCUUGAAAAUUGGACAGAUAGUUCAGCAAGUGUGCUUCUCCUUUUUACGGAAUUGAUCGAGCAUGGAGUCCGAGUUUGGGUAUAUAGUGGUGAUGUUGACGGAAGGGUUCCGGUGACCGGAACCCAAUAUUCACUAGAAACAAUGGCAGUUCCAAUUACAACUCCUUGGGGUCCUUGGUAUCUGAAUGGCGAGGUUGGAGGAUAUGUCCAAUACUACCAAAAUAAUUUAACAUUUGCAACAGUGAGAGGGGCGGGUCACCAAGUACCAAGUUAUCGACCCGACAGAAGUCUCGAGCUUGUUUCCCGCUUUCUUACAGGAAGUCCUUUACCACCAUCAAAAAAAGUGAAAUGACGAGAACAAAUGUUGAUUCAACUUCGGAGUAUCUUAAAAUCUAUAAAUAUACUUUUUCUGUCUCAAAAUUAUUGUCCAGGAUGAAUUUUUAUUUCUAGUAUAGAUUAUACUAAAAGUGAAAUUCUAAACUGAAUAAUAAUUUUAAGACAUAGGGAGUAGUUUAUUCGGGUAGAGACCGAAAAAUUAGUCACACCAAAUAGAGAGAUAUAUUUUUGCAUGUCACAGUCAGCGUGUGUAUGGUACACUGGUUUUUUAUUUUGUAUCACACGCACGGAUAGUCAAUUGUGUCUCUAAAUUAUGAUUUAAACUUUCCAACACACACAUAAUGAAACUAUGAAAAUUUGUCUCCUGACAAAAUCAACCGUUCC